GGAGCCCUGCACACCGAGCGACAUGGCCGAGAUAGGGAAAGGGGUCACCGCCGGGAAACUGGCCAUCAACGUCCAGAAGAGGCUGACCAGAGCGCAGGAGAAGGUUUUGCAGAAGCUCGGCAAAGCAGACGAGACCAGAGAUGUUGUGUUUGAGGAGAUGGUCGCCAACUUCAACAAGCAGACGUUUGAAGGCACCAAACUGCAGAAAGACCUGAAAUCUUACCUGGUAGCAGUGAAAACGAUGCACGAUGCGUCGCGGCGGCUGCAGGACUGUCUGGCCGACAUGUACGAACCCGAUUGGUUCGGUAAAGAAGAGAUGGACGCGUUGGCGGAGGACACAGACACUCUGUGGUUAGAUUUCCACCAGAACCUGACGGAUAAAUCUGUGACCUGCAUGGACUCGUACCUGACUCAGUUUCCUGACAUUAAGGCUCGUAUAGCGAAGCGCGAGAGGAAGAUGGUCGACUUCGACAGCGCUCGGCAUCACUUCGCCUCCUUACAGAAAGGAAAGAAGAAGGACGAGGCCAAGAUCGCCAAGGCGGAGGAGGAGCUUGGUCGAGCUCAGAAGAUUUUCGAGGAGCUGAACGUUGAGUUACAAGACGAGCUUCCAUCACUGUGGGACAGUCGUGUUGGCGUCUAUGUUAACACAUUCCAGGGCAUGGCAGGUCAUCAGGAGAAGUUCCACAAAGAAAUGAACAAGCUCAGCCAAAACCUGAACGACAUCAUGACCAAACUGGAAGAGCAGCGGCAGAUCAAAAAAGGUGGUACUGCAGCAGCCACGACAGGAGGUGCUGCUAAGAGUGAGGAAAACAACCACAGCGAGUCGGCCAGCUCACCACCAAAGAGCGCGGUGACCAAUGGCUCCGAUGGCGAAGUCCCUCCAGGAUUCAUCUACAAGGUAAAAGCAGUACACGAUUAUGCUGCCACUGACGGUGAUGAGCUGGAGCUGAAGAUGGGAGAAAUUUUGCUGGUUGUGGCCUUUGAUAACCCAGAUGAACAGGAUGAUGGCUGGCUCAUGGGUGUGACUGAGACUCACUGGUUGGAGCAUAAAGAUAUUUCAGCCAAAGGCGUUUUCCCCGAGAACUUUACCCAGAAGGUUUGAGAUUAAUGCCGCGUUAAGAUUCUUCCCCUUUUCCUCUGCCCCAAACUCUUCAGAUAUCCUAUUCGGGGAAGAAACGGUUGAAUGAUCGCUAAAUGUCUAUCUAUACACCAAAAUGAUCAGAAAUGAGCACUGAAAUACUAAAACUGCUACGACUACAAUACCAAAUGUAUGUGCAGUUGAAAACAGACUCUUCAGUGAUCUCAUUGACACUUUUUUUUAAGACAGUUAAAGUUUAAAGAUUAUAAAGAAUUCUCUUUGGCCCCGACCCAUAACCUUGUGCUAAAUGAUGCACAAUCUAAAAAGUUUGAGUAUGACAGUGCAAAAUGAUCCACCCAAAAUGAAUAAUGACCCAUAACUUACCAAUUUGUUUUUAUUUCUUAUUACUCAAUUAUUUAUAAUUUUGCUGAAUUCAAACGAAACACAUCAACAGUGUGUUAGUAAUAUCUGAAAAUGAGAUUUAAGUCAUGGAUGUACUGUAUGAAUGUCAAAAUAUUUUAUGUUCUGUAUUGUCAUCGGUUUUUUGAAAGAAAAAAAAACUUUUGAGAACUUUUCACGGUUCCUUGCAUGAAAAAUAUAAUUGUAUCGUCAUUUACUUUGUAACACAACAAACACUGUGACACCAGGUUUGGAUAAACGUGGAAUCGCUUAUGAAAUGUGGCUGUGACUGUCUGAAAAAUGCAGGUGUCCUAGACUAAUGCCCUGAGGAACACCGCAAAUAUGAAACAGUAUGUUUGUAGGGCUUUGCCUUGCAUUAUCAAAAUCUUUUACAGUGGGAUUUUAGGAUUGUCAAAGGGAACAGUAGUUUUUCAUUUAUUUUAUCGGCCAUUUUGAGGACAGAACUUUGAUGUGUGGCUUAAGUUUUCUAAUGCACAUAUGGUCAUCUUUUCAUUGACGGAUGACAUGCAAAAACCUUAUCAUCCAACUCAGCUGCUGAUUUUUUUUUUCCUUCAUCGUCUUUAAUUACUGCUAUUUAUGACUAUUUACCACUAUUUACCACUGAUUUAGAUGCUGUACUCUUGAGACAAGACAUUUUUGUUAUUUGACUCUUUCUAAAUGUUUUUUUUUUUGGAUUUGAGUCUGAAUCUCUGUGCUCUUUCUGACUUGACCUUCUUUUCCUGUUUUAAGUAUAACACUGAAUCAGAUCUGGAGAUGCAUUUUUUUUUUUGUUUAUUUCCAGUAAAAAAUACAAGUUUAGAAUGCAUUCUGUGAGUCCAUUACUGCAACGUAAUCGGCUAUGUGAGAGACUGAGGUGAAAGUAUAUCCAAUUUAAACAUUUGUCUGGUUUAAAAUUAUGACCCUAACCCUGUCAUCAAGAGUAGUUAAUGUCUCAACAAAUAACCUGCAGAAACCAAAGUUAAAUUGAAAAAUAUUUAAAAUGAUGAACAUUGAAGCAGUCCAUGUGGUAACUAAUGCACCAUCUGUUGGAUCAAGUCAGUGUCAUUAAAGAUGAAUGAAACAACA